CCUACAAAGUCUCCUCACACCAUAAACAAGAGCUGAAGGACAAGAAAGACUGGGGGCAGAUCACAUUAUGAAGACUUCAGCGCUACCAGUAAUCUGCCUGAUCGUCACACUCAGUAUCGCUGAUGAUACCUGCCCAGAUGUGAAGAUUGUGGGAGUUGGCGAUUCAGACAGAUUGACCAUCCUCAGAGGAUGCCCUGGAACCCCGGGGUCUCUUGGGCAGAAGGGAGAACCAGGAUCCUUAGGAGUAAAGGGGCAAAUCGGAUCCACAGGUACUCCAGGAAAAGCUGGACCACCAGGAGAGAAAGGUGAAGCUGGUGCCACAGGAAUUCAAGGUCAAAAAGGCGAGAAAGGCGAAUCCGCCAGAUCAGAUUCAAUCUAUGCUGCAAGGAACUGUAAGGAGCUGCUGGAUCAGGGCACAGUUCUAAGUGACUGGUACACAAUCUACCCAGAUGGAGAACAACCCUUAAAGGUGCUGUGUGAUUUGCACACGGAUGGAGGAGGCUGGAUUGUUUUCCAGAGACGUUGGGACGGCUCAGUAGAUUUCUUCCGUGACUGGGAAUCCUACAAGUGGGGAUUUGGCAGCCGUCUGAACGAGUUCUGGCUGGGGAACGAUAAUCUUCACAAGAUAACGUCGAUAGGAUCCUGGGAACUGCGUGUUGAUCUUCAAGAUUUCAACAACACAAAACAUUUUGCCAAAUACGCAUCCUUUCAAGUUCUGGGAGAGGAUGAGAAGUACAAACUGUUGCUUGGAGACUUCAGGGGUGGUACAGCAGGGGAUUCCAUGACGACACACAACAACAUGAAGUUUACCACCAAAGACCAGGACAAUGAUAAUUUCCCCACUAACUGUGCAGAUUUGUACAAGGGGGCAUGGUGGUAUCAUAGCUGCCACCAUUCAAAUUUGAAUGGACUUUAUAUGCUAGGUCAACAUACCACUUAUGCCAUUGGCAUCAACUGGAACUCUGGCAAGGGAUGGCACUAUUCCUACAAAUAUUCUGAAAUGAAGAUUAGACCAGUGAUCUAAUGGGAAAAAAUGGUGGUUAGUGAAGAAAAGAUAGGGUACUCCUAGGCAAAAUAUACUUGUUAUAUACUUGUUUUGAGCUCCACAAUUUUUUUGCAGAAUUAAUAAAAUAAUUAUUUACUAGUAUUUUAUUGUAUAAAAUAAGCUGUGGUGUAUUUUUAAAUCUUGAUUGCUGGACUUCCGAAAUGGCAUUAAAAUCUGCUGAAAAUUA